CGUGAUGAGUGCUCUUAAUUCCAUACUAGGCCAUCUAUCUCUGCUAUUCAAGUUUAUUGCUCGUUAUUGUCAUCUUCAUUUUUACUAACUAUCCACUCAUUAUAGCAAGCACAAGCCGUUCUCAAGAUUGAACGAUGAUAGCAAUGCAACCCGAAACCCAACUAAAAACCGCCCUUAAGAACGGGUUUGACCCGAACAUCCUCUACAAAGACCCUUUAACAAUCGUAAAGGAGCCUAUGUGUACUAUUCUCGAGAAGCACAGCAAGAUCCCAGUGGACAAAGUCGUCAGUCAUGUCAACAAGGUGAGAGAUCGCGCUUUUGCCGUGUUUCCUUAUGCAUGCAUUGGGCAAUUCUCCUUUGUCGAGCUGAGCAUCGCCGCAUCGCCGUACUAUCCCGAGAUGCUCGAGCGCGUGAAGAAUGGCCACAAACUUCUGGACCUAGGCUGCGCAUUUGGACAGGAGCUCCGUCAGCUGAUAUAUGACGGUGCUCCUGGUGAAAGUUUGUACGGCUCAGAUAUCCAGCAAGAGUUUCUAAACCUCGGCUACGAACUCUUCCUGGACCGUGCAACGCUCCCUGAGUCCCAUCUUAUCGCUUCCAACAUCCUAGACAGACAGUCUCCUCUCUUCACCCACCUCACCGGAAAGCUCAACAUCGUCUACAUUUCGCUUUUCCUCCACGUAUUUGACUUCGAACAGCAGAUAACUGUGGCAGGAAACGUGUUGGAUCUUCUCGCUGCCGAGCCUGGCUCACUCAUCGUAUGCCGGGUUACCGCCUGUCGUGACCAAGGCGUGCUUAACGCAACAGCGGAACGUAUGCCGUACUACUACCAUGACCGGGCGAGCUGGGAACAGCUCUGGGAGGUUGUGCAGAAAAGGACUGGUGUAAAGCUUUGUGUAGAUACCUGGGAACAGCCCGAUGAGUUGGUCAAGAAGCAUCCCUUGCCAGGGAUAUAUAUUUUGGGGUCUGCGAUCCGGCGAGUUUAGCCCACCCGCCGCCUUUUCGGUCCGAGCUGUUUAUCUACAAAGGUUUAGUGUGACAGUCUCCAAAAGUCCACAGAGUAUACUACAAAGAUAAAUUUAU